AUGUUCUCAUCUUUGCUGUUAUCUAUCUAUCUAUCUAUCUAUCUAUCUAUCUAUCUAUCUAUCUAUCUAUCUCAGAAGCUUCUCAUCUAUCUAUCUAUCUAUCUAUCUAUCUAUCUAUCUAUUAAGAGACUUUCCAACGGACAGGAUCCCGAAUUAUACGAACUGCCCGAAGAUCUUAUUUUGGAAGUGUUGUUGGAACAUCCAAAAUACACUUGGUUCAAAGAACUUGGUCUCAGAUGGUACGUCGUAGCUGGAAUCUCCAACAUGCUCUUUGACUGUGGCGGAUUGGAAUUCACAGCAGCGCCAUUUACCGGUUGGCUUAUGGAUACAGAAGUCGGGACCAGGAAUCUUUGCGACACUCAGCGCUAUAACAUCGUCCCUAUGAUUGCAGAAAAAAUGGGUUUGGAUGUCAAGAAAAACUCUUCACAGUGGAGGGAAAAAGCAGUCCUAGAAGUGAACAUCGCUAUACUUCACAGUUAUAAUAAAACAAACAUGACAAUGACUGACCACUACACGGCUGCAGAAGCCUUCCAUCAACACUGGGAAAAAGAAUACCAGGUGCGAAACGGAUGUCCAGCUGACUGGGUGUGGAUUAUACCCCCGAUUGGAGGUAGCCUUAUGUCAGUGUUUCACCAAGAAAUGCUAUACUAUCGACUGAAACCAUCGAUGGAAUACCAGCAAAACAUCAUAAAAAUUCACAAGUGGAAAAAACCGGAAAAUAUUGCCAUUUUUACAAGGGAAAGACGAUGGGAUGUUACCUUUUCUGUGUUGGCAAAGGCCGUUUUCUUCACUUCUAUAAUCUACCGAAUGAUCCUUCAGCAACGGAUCCCCUGCACAAUUCUUUAUGCUUCUGAAACCGGAACUGCCCAGCUUUUUGCAGAAAAACUCGCUCGCAACUUCCGAUUGGCAUUUAAUACAAAGGUGAUAUGCAUGGAUUCUUAUGAUAUAAAGAAUAUUCCGUCAGAAAAGUUGUUGUUAGUGGUAGCCAGCACAUUUGGAAGUGUUUUUACUUCUAUCAAUUCUUCUUUCUUCCCUCCUCUCUCUCUCUCUCUCUCUCUCUAUCUAUCUAUCUAUCUAUCUAUCUAUCUCUCUCUAUAUAUAUAUUUCACUGCUCAUUGGGUAUUUGGAACAAUAUUAAGAAACUAUCGUCCACCUGAAGAACACAAGAAAUUCAAAUGCGGUCAAGAUUUCAGGAAUGUCCGGUACGUGAUAAAAAGUUUUAUUUUAUUUUAUUUCUCAAUUCUGUUGAACGAUGCUAAGUUAUUAAGUGACUUAUGA